GGUUGCCAAUUAGCGCGUUCCAGCAUGCAGGGGUGCCGCUUUUUUGCAAUGACCUUUUCCGACAUUUUCCUAUUUAUGAUUUGCUUUCUUGCCGAUACCAUAAUUUGUCGAAGAAGUUUAAUUUGAGCGAGUAAACAGUGGAGCCGCCCCAAAGCUGCAUGCAGCGUAUACCAAGCAAGCCUCGUACGACCAAACGCCCAGCGGCCAGCGCCAUGCCACGUCCGCGGCCCACACUACUUACUAUACUAGCAACACAGUUGGCCGGUCUUCGCGGAUCGCGAUCAGUAAAACCGGUUAACUUUGAUGGGUGCUGACAAAGACUACCGAGCUGUCUACGUCUGUGGAUGAAUCUAUCGUCAAAUGCAACAAAACAAGUCAUAACAGUGGGGAUACAUACAGGGACGAUACCGGUACACAGAGAAAGAGAGAGAGUCUGACACCCUUUUUGUUCGGAAAAAAGGAUUUGUGUGUGUUGCCUUAGCUUGGUCAGCGUAUUUAUUCUAAAAACUUUGUCUUGGAUAAUCUACCGGAGUACCGACAUCAUCUGUCAUUUCAAUGUCAUCAUGUCGGUUCAACUCACCUGGUUUCUCACUAACCACGCUCCGCAAGGUGUCUGACUCAGCUUCAGGCUUUCAUCUCAUCAAAUACGAUAAAGGCAAGGCACUCGGGAUUUGAUACCAUUUGGAUGACUUAACAAGGAGUUUCAGUUGGGAGUUCCAAUGACAUUUAUUGGAAAGAUGGAUUCCUUUCAACAGGAUAGUGAGAAACGUGCCAAGAGAUCAAGCUAUUUUGAGAUGUUAUCUAGUAUCUCUAGUGAAUUGGAUUUAAUGUUGAAUGAUCUGAAAAAGAAUGAGUCUUUUGAUCCUACAUCUCCAAGAUCACCGCGUACUGUUUCUUAUGUGGCAUCUGAAACAAAAGACAGGAACUUACCCAGAAGUAGUAAGAGUCUUUCUACUUCAGACAUAGAUGAGUUUUGUUCAACUGGUGUGUCAUCAUCAUCAGGCAGUAAUCACAUCUCCGCUCCAGAGCCAUUGAUUCUAUUGGACCCUAUCAUUCAUAAUAAAUCAGAAUACAAGGCUUCUCUAAGCCAUUCUAUGCCUGAUAAUACCCUGACGAUGAUGACUCGUUUAGUCCAUACUAAACCAAUUUGGUAUUUACCACACACUCAAAGGGCUGCAGCAGCACAUUAUCUACAGGGUCAACCUGUUGGGACGUUUGUGGUGCGACAGGCAAGGCAGAAAGAUAAACUGUCUUUGACUAUGAAGCAUCCUGGUUCAGGAAAGGGUCCAUAUAUUGAGAGUUACCCCAUUGAAACCACAGUGCAAGGAGUUAAGUUGUCCAAGGGAGACAUGGUGUUUCCUCUGUUGGAUAACCUUAUAGCAUACCACAUGCAAACUGAGGCUCAAUUACCAUGCCUACUGACUCUUCCCAAAGCAGUUAUGGCAGCAAGGAAUUUGAGAGAAAUUCAGUCUUUGGCACUACUUGAGGAAGAUUUCUGGAAGUCAUUACACAGCAGACCACCAACACCAAAAGAUUUAUUCAAUAAUGUUUCUUUGAUGCAUCUUUCGCCAACAUUAUCAAAACCGAGUAUGUCAGUAACCAGCUCUAUGAAUAAGCAACAAGAUCAGUCAAACAUAACAUAUCCUGCCGACAGGCUGUCAAGUAAGGCAGAUGUUCCAGGCAUGUAUGGUAUCAUUAAUACUACACCUCCUGCUAUUUAUGCUAAUACCAAUGACAAUAAGGAUUCAAUGAAACCUAUAAGGAACUCAAUCCAUGAUUUAUCAACACAUGGAAGAAGUAGCUUCAAUCCACUUGCAAGCUUACAGAGACCAUCUUCAGAAUUUGAUCGUCAAGAUAUGCGUUUUAGCAGUGCUAGUGAGUUUGAAUUUGUAACAUCUACAAGUGAACAGCGAUACCCUCCACCUAGAUGUGCACCCCCUCCUCCACCACGUGGAGAGGAACCCUUCAAAAUGCCACCCUCUUCAAGAUAUACUUGGUCACUUUCUUCAGACAAUGUCCAGUAUUGUUUGCCACAUGACCAGCCUUAUUUGCCACCUAAGCAAAAAUCACAAGAGAAAUCAGUGCUCCAGAAUACAGGUCAGGAUGCUUAUAGAACACCGGCUUUUGAUAGGACAAGAAAGAAUCCUAGUGUUACCUCAUUGAUUACUCAGCAACAUGGUAAUUACAGAACCCCUCCCACACCUGCUAGUUGUAGACAAUCUAAAUCCCAUUAUGACUCACAGGAGCCUCUAAAUGCCUCAAGGGCAACAGAACAAAUUCAAAACAUCCUGCAGCCGUUAACUACAUGCAGCAACAGCAGCAGCAGCAGUACUGAACCCGUACCAUGGCAUGCCCUUCCAGAAUUUGACCCACUGUUUUGCACAAGUGAAAACAGGGAGAUAUCUCAACACACAGAUAUUGCUUCAGAUCUUAUGAGAGACUGCUUGCUUGGAGAUAUUCAAUAUGAGAUCGAGGAAUUAGCAGACAGCACUAACAACAAUAGAAACUCAGAUCAAAUGGCACCUAUGUCUAAUUAUCCAGUAAGGACUACAUGUGAAAUACCUAAUCUCAUUAAAGUGAAUGAUGAGGAUUCAGAAGAGGGAGGAACAGCUUCUGAUCAGGAAAUUGAAGACAUUCUUAAGAAUGAAUCUUUGGACAGUUCUUACCAAUCAGACUCUGAAUUGAAUCCAUCAAGUUCAUUUAGUGAGGGUGUAGCUUUCACAGAGAAUGAGAAUGGUAAUCAUCUCUUACUCAGUCAAUCAUUGGAAUUUAGUACAGCAGAAAGAAGUGAGGUGGAACAGUCUGGUGAAGAAGAUAAGAAGGAUGAUAAGAGGAUUAAAUCCGGACUUUCACAUUUCAAGAAGCUCAGAUUACUUGCUAAGAAAAGUUCGCGUGGAGCUACUAAGAAACUGCAUAGGAUAUCAGGGAAGAGCAAGAAGAGAGAUGCUAGUACUGACAUUCAAGAAGCAAUACUAAGAGUGGCCGGAAAUAAAAGCAUUGGUCUUGGAGCUCUGUUACAUGGAUUUAUCAGGACACAGGAAGAGAAAUGUGAGAGUGAUAAACCUGACAUUGUACUAAGAAGCAUCAGACAAUUUAUGAGUGGAACAAAGAAUUAUCUUCUCAACAAAAGAGAACCAGAAAUUGAUGUUGUCAUUGACAGGCACAUGGAUGAGUUGGAUCUAGCAAGUUUGGAAGCCAUUGUUGAGAGUGCUCUGUAUCAAUGUGUCCUGGAACCUUUGAAAUCAGAUAUAGGAAUGAGCUGCAUCAAUGAAUAUAACAGGAAUGGAUCAAUGGCCUUAAUGGAUCACAAUAUCAUGCAAGCAAAGAAAAGAACACCAGAGGAACUAGGAAUAAAGGCAAACUACAUUCCACCUGAAGGAGAAGAUCUAGAUAUGAUUAGACAACUCUUUUCACAACUUCAAGAGGCUUAUUCUCCAAUCAAUAAAAUGGAUUUACUUUUAAACAUUGUAUCUGCAAUAUACAAAUCAGUCCAAGAUAGAACCAGUGGAGAAUCAGUAACAAACUCAAUGGGAGCUGAUGAUUUCCUUCCAAUGCUAAUUUAUGUAUUAGUACAAUGUGAGAUGAUAAGCAUAGAGAUAGAGGCAGACUACAUGUGGGGUCUUCUUGACCCUUCUAUGUUAUCAGGAGAGGGUGGAUAUUAUCUGACAACACUCAGUAGUGCAAUCUGUGUAUUGAAGCAGUUUGAAGAGGAUUUUGAAGGAGAGAGACAUGGUUUCUUAACAGUUCUGGUAGCAGUAAGUCAAGAUCCAGUCUGUAUUAGUCUCAAGACAUUACCUGUAUCACCUGAUAUGCAAGCUACUCAAAUAUGUGAAAUGUUAGCUCAUCGAAUGGAUCUAGAAGAUACUCAAGACUAUAGGCUAUAUUUACUAAGAGACUCAGAAGAGAUUGGAGUAGAAGAUUGUGAAUGUCCAUUGGAUAUCAAGAAUGAAGAAGAAUCAGAUGGAAGGAGAAGCUGUCGUUUUGUAUUCAGACCAGUACAUACAGAAGUUAAUUGGCCUCGUACUAGUGGAUUGAGAUAGAUGAUGCUUCACAAUUAUUUAUAUUAUAGUUAUUUUCAACCUUAUUUAAACUAGUGCCAUAAUCAUAAACAUUUUGGUCAUUUUGCUUGAUCAGGAACAAAAUAAUAUGUGGACUUCUGGAGAUAUAUAGUAUUUUUAAAAAUUUGUUGCAAAUUACUUCAUAGUGAUUAUACAACCUUUUAUGGUUUGAUUUGAUUUUUAGGCAUCCACAGAUUUUUAUUUGAUGGAGUAAGUUUAAAUCAGGCUCAUAGAAGUGAAAGAUAUGUUUUGGGGUUUCAAGGACCAAAAUCAAAGGAAGUCAUUAUGUACCUAAAGUGUGUUUUCUUUCAUGAUAAAUAAAGAAGCGCUUCACAAAGUAACUUCAAAAUUGAUUGAUAUAUGGGCAAUUCUAUAAAAUGAUAAACCUUUUUGUACGUCCGGCCCCCAUUUUCUCAAGUCUUACUUCACAUAAACUGUGCAAGUCAUUGUCCUUUGAGAACAUUACAGACUGUCAAAAGAAAAAGGAAAUCAGAGACAGAAAAGUUCAUGAAGGUCCACACACAUAGGAGAUCGCACGUGCACAUUUUAUGGAAUUGCCCUUGUGUAUAUUGGAGUAACAAUCUGAUUAAGCAUGAAAUACAUUAUUCUUGACAUUAGAAAUAUCAAAUAUUUCCAAUUUUUCAUUUUAUGGCAUUGUCAGUGACAAGGCAUACAUUUUGACUACACAUACUGGAGAAUCCAUCUAGUUUACAGAAAAAAAAAAUCCUUUAUAAAUUUUGUUCAUUGUAAUAAUAUACUGUAGUACUAUUGUUGGUGCCUUAGAAAAUUACUUACAUAUUACCAAGUAGCAAGUAUCAGGUGAUUUCAUAAAAGGGCAAUACAAAUGCCUUGGCCUAUCCAUUUAUACUCACAAAUGUGAUUAGCCUUUAAUGAAAUUUUUCAUAAAUGUUCCAAUGUCAACUAAAUCCUGUUCUCUGAAUUAAGCCUUGUUCUUUUUUUUUAUAUCAUUGACACCCCCCAAAAAAAUAAUUGCAAGUGAAAUUGAUGGUCAGUAGAUUUUCAAAAUUAUGCUGAUAGUCGGGAUUAUGCUUAUUGUUUUCAAAUAUGAUAACCAAAAUUAAUUUUAAUGAAAGGUCAUAAUCUGCCCCCUCUUUUAAUACUUUUAAAGAUUUUCGCAAAUUUAGUGGAUAAAUUGACAUUUGGCAACCAGAAUUUUACUUAUCUCUAGAUGAAAAGUCCUGAAAUUUCCAACUAGAAUUAUUAAAUUGGAGACUAAUAGUUGUGAAAUUAAUAACCAAAAUCAUGAAUUUGACACUGAGUUUGAAGGUUGUGAAAUUGACAAGUCACAAAAUACAAGACAGUAAGUCAUGUGAUUGUCCAUUCUUAAAAGUCAUCAUACUUUUGGAUAUGCAGAUAAAGAGAUAUCAUAGAGGUAUUUGAAGAACAAUUUUGAGGAUAAUGUGUGCAACCUUUAUAGUGAUUAAACUGUAGGCCUGUCUAUCUUCUUCCUUUGCUGUUGAUGCAAAGAAUAUCUUCUACACUCAUACAGAUACACUAGCUACAGCAGCACAGCAAUGCAAAAAAGUAACAAAAUCUGUCUGCAUGCAUGCUCGCUUUCAUGUAGUGCCAUCUUGUGGCCAUAACAACACAUACUAAACACAUCUAUUUUAAUCUAAUAUUGCUUCCUAUUUCCCACAAUAUUGCCAUGAUUUUUAAUGUGGUAUUCAUGAGAUAGCAAAUUAAAUAAAUGCUUUUAUAGGGAUUAUCCUAACAAGGUUGACAGCGUUUUGCAGCAUAAUGGUGUUUAGAAAGGAUAUUAUUUGUAAAUCGAUACAGGUUUUGAAAGUUUGUUGCAGUACUUUCUUGUGAGCUGCUGUGUAGGCCUACAAUAAUGUGUGUAUCUGAAUAUUUGUCCAUAUUAUUGAACUGGGAGCCGUUUCAUAACUGUUCGCAAGUUAAGAGUGACUUUAAGAACGACUGGUGAUCCUAUCUUGUGGUAAAUGAUAAUUCACCAUUAAAUGUUCAUCGGUGAUUAUUUAGUGCAUAAGAAAGGAUCACCAGUCAUUCUUAAAGUUGCUCUUAACUUACUAACAGCUUUAUUAGAAAACCCAAUAGGUGCACUAUUAGUCUCUCUCUGAAAAAAGGGGCAACAAGCAAUUUUGUAAAUAAGUUCAUAAGUUCAUUUUAUUUGUCUUCCAACUUUGAGUCUGAAUACAUGACAAACAUACAAGUGUGUAUGAAACAAUAAGCAGAGUACAUGAUAAAACAUACAAGUAUACAUAAAACAGAGUAUGCAGAAAACAUUGUUUUUAAAUACAUUAUACAGCUUAAGACAGAAAAGAAAUAAUUUUAAAGGAAGACGAGGAGACCUAAGUGAAGCAAUGCUUGUAAAUUAAGGUUCCUCAUUACGAAUUCAAAGAACAUUGGAUAAACAACACAGAAAUGGCAAUAUAAUAUAAUAUGAUAACUAAAGAGAGAGGCGGGAGAGAAGAGGGACACAUUUAUGUACAAAAGGGACAAAAAAGGGACAUGAGGACAGAGACCAGCCAGGCCCGGGAAAGGGGGGGGGGGGGUGAAACGUAUUGAUAAUUUAGCAUUAACUGAUAAAUAGGCCUUGUACAGUGUGAUUGCAAACAUGAUAAUCUCUCCUCUUAGCCAGGCAAAAUUACAUUUAAAAAAUGAAAUAAAAAGUAGUUUCAACACAAUUUCCCCUUGACACUAUGUCAUCUUGUUUCUAUUUUUAGAAAUAAUAAUUUGAUGUUAAUAAUAUUGGGUAUGUUGGUAGAUUAUUCCUUAUUCAGGUUUAAUAUUGAAUAUGCAGUUCAAAGCUUAUUUCAAUAUGCAAUCAAUGAAAAAGUAUUUCUAAACUUAUCAAUUGCGUAAAAUAUUGAUAAUAAACCAAUAGUUAUAUCAUGUUUUUAAAUGUACAGGCAAAUUUUUAAGUGUGAAUUAAGCAUGGUAAAUUUCAAGGGCCUUGUGUCAGUCAAUAUAUAAAGAUUUGGUUUCUAAAAUUCAGACAAAUAACAUAUACUUGUACACAAUUCUUGCAUACUCAUGUACAUGAAUCUAUAAUAUAUAUAUAUUUAGGUAAAGUGGAAAGUUUUAUCCAAGAAUUGAAGGUUGAAAAGGAAGCUCACUAUAUAGCAUAGAGAACCAAAGAAAAUGUCUUUCAUAUUUUUAAGCAUAUCAGUAAGAUAAAUUAAUGUACAGAACUACUUCUUCAAUGGCAUUACAUGUAGAUAAAGUGAGUGUACUGGUUAUUUUUGUAUGAGACUUCCAUGAAGUUAGAAGUUUGUACAGUUAUUGAUAUUCUUGGAGUGCACACUGUUUUGUUUUGGAUCAAGAUGUAGACUACCUGACAGACAUUCAUCUCAAUAGUCAAGAUUGAUAGAAAAAAAAUAAUUGUUAAAAAUUAUGAAAGCAAUGUAUUCUGAUAAUAAGGUAUGGUGUUUGAAAGAGAAGACUGUUCAGACUGCAGCCAUGAUAGCUAAAACAAACAGUGCAAUACAGCUGUGUAGUGACAAUGCUGGUUUUUCAACUGUACAAUGAGUUGAUAAAAGCAGCUAUUUUUAAUUGGCAAGUCCCCUCCAACAAAGACCUGAUUUGAAUAAAAAGGGAAAACUUAGACCAGCUUAAUGCUGAAAAUUGUUGUAACCUACUGUGAUUGUUAACAAAGUCUCAAAUCUACAAAAUAUUAAAUAUUGUAUAAUUCAAUCAAUAAUAUACAGAAGAAACAAAAAGAUUGAGGGACAUCAUGGAAUAUCUCAUUUCUAUGUAACUGUGGUGUGCAUAUAGUUGUUUUGGGGAAAGUACGCUAAUUUUUAAAAUGUCAUAACUUAUGAUGAUGUCAUAACAUCUGAAUUUCAUAACAUCUGAUGUCAUAACAUAUGAACAAUCAGAUGUCAUAACAUCUGAAUGAUGUCAUAACAUCUGAACUUAUAAUGAUGUCAUAACAUCUGAAUUUUGAUAUUUUCAGUGUUGUGCCGAGUUGCUUUUUCUCUUGUAAUUCAAAUAAAUUUUUGUUUGAAACCAUAUCAAACGUUUCUCUCUGUAAAAAUAUGAUAAACAGCCUAAGAUUAAUACAAAUGUCUAUACCAGGAAUAUAGCACUCUUGUAAUAGAUUUUGGAUGUCUGCACCUGUAAACUUAUUUGCAUUUGCAAAAGAGAUAUCCUUCACUAUUCAACUUUCUAUUGAUAAAUAAAGUUGUAUUUUAAAGAGAUGGGGGUAAUUUCCAUGCAAAUGUGAGAAAUGCAUCUCAGCAACUUGAUUAAUUUAUCCUUAGAUAUUUAAUGUUUAUUUCAAUCAUAUUUGAUUUAUAAAUAUUUAUCAUAUAUUGUAUCAUACUUGUAACAUUUGGAAUGAUUCUUUUGAAUGAAUUUAUCAGUUCAUUUAUCUUCUGGAUAAUGAUUUAUUUGUGUAUCAUAUGAUAUUAAUAUGUAUUAGUGAAAUAAAUUCACAAUUUUGAACAAUC